AGCGUGGAGGUGGAGGUGGCGGCGACGCUGAAAUGCUGCGGAGCCCGCGCGCGAGUGCUCAGCACGCAGGAGUUUGCGGCGGCCCCGCAGCCAGAGCUCUGCGGGCUAAGGAGCAGCUGCGGGCGGCGUGCAUGUGCCAGGAAGGCCGGCCCCGGGCUCUGCACUAGGCAAGAGCCUUGCCCUCCCGCCCAGGACCUGGCGAGAUCAGGAUUUCCGAUGCAUGCCCGGUUUCUGCUGACUGCCGGAACCGGAGACCACUCCACAUGGAUCCCCCAAGUCAACAUAGCAGCCACACUUCCCUAGUGGUGAUUCAGCCACCGGCUCUGGAAGGUCGGCAGAGGUUAGACUAUGACAGGGACACUCAGCCUGCUGCAAUUCUGUCCCUAGACCAGAUCAAGGCCAUCAGAGGCAGCAAUGAAUACACAGAGGGACCGUCGGUAGUGCGAAGACCGGCUCCUCGCACCGCACCAAGACCCGAAAAGCAGGAAAGGACUCAUGAAAUCAUACCAGCCAAUGUGAAUAACAGCUACGAGCACCGACCUGCCAGCCACUCCGGCAACGCCAGGGGCUCGGUGUUGAGCAGGUCCACCAGCACCGGAAGUGCAGCCAGUUCAGGGAGCAGCAGCAGUGCGUCUUCCGAGCAGGGCCUGUUGGGAAGGUCUCCGCCCACCAGGCCCAUCCCCGGUCAUAGGUCAGAUAGGGUCAUCCGGACCCAACCCAAGCAGCUGCUUGUGGAUGACUUGAAGGGUUCCUUGAAAGAGGAUCCUACCCAGCACAAGUUCAUCUGUGGACAAUGUGGCAAGUGCAAGUGUGGAGAGUGUACAGCCCCCCGGGCUCUGCCCUCCUGUCUGGCCUGCGACCGGCAGUGCCUCUGCUCGGCCGAGAGCAUGGUGGAGUACGGGACCUGCAUGUGCCUGGUCAAGGGCAUUUUCUACCACUGCUCCAACGAUGACGACGGGGGCUCUUACUCGGACAACCCGUGCUCCUGCUCACAGCCCCACUGCUGCUUCAGAUACCUGUGCAUGGGAGCCCUGUCUUUAUGCCUCCCCUGUUUGCUCUGCUACCCUCCUGCCAAGGGCUGCCUGAAGCUGUGCCGGGGCUGUUAUGACUGGACCCACCGCCCCGGCUGCAGGUGUAGGAACUCCAACACUGUCUAUUGUAAGCUGGAGAGCUGCCCCUCGAGGGCCCAGGGCAAGCUGUCAUGAUUUCUGGAGGUGGGUUAGACCUCCUGAGUGUCUAGCUUCCGAACUGUGGCUGUUAAGAAAACGUGGUAUUUUUUCCCCGAGUCUCUGUCUCUGAUGGUCCUCGGUAGGAGUGGACUAUGAAACUGUGCCCAGCUUGCUCUCACCCCAGCUCAAGGGUUCUGGGAGCUGGGAGUCCUGUGGAGCCUUGUGCUUCAUCGGGUUUCCAGCUGUGUCCAUGAGGAUGUGGGCACGCCCAGACUUGGCCAGACUUGGCUUAGAGAUGUUUGGGGUCGGGUACUGUGGGAUCAGGGACUUGGUGUGCUUUAUUAAAAAGUAACCAUGCAAGUGCUUACAUAAGCUAUAUAUUAAUCUGCCUCCGAUGAGAGCUAUCUAGCCUCCGGUCCCCAAGUCGAAUGGGAGGAUCUACUUACUCCUUAGAACACCGUUUGCUCUGCAACAGCUGGCUGCCCUCUCCCUCCAGCCCUCAGAUUCUCCUCACAGUGUACUGGGGAGACACCAGUGGGUCACCCCCUCUCCACCCUCUUUGUUCUGUAUUCAUUCUGCAACAUCUGUCUUCACAGUAGAGAUGGUGUUGGCUAAUCCUCCUGUGCCCCGCAUCUGUGAAGGACUUCCCUUCCCACCGGCACUUCACUGAGGGCAGUUGACAACUAGUUGAAAUUCCUCACUGAUCUGCCCCUAGGCGCCUGGGAGCUGUAGCAAGGUGCCCUUGGCCUCUGACUGUCCUUUUGACUCUUAACAGCUGGGUGUUUCCAAUCCUUCCUGUGUUUUCAUUGCCUUAACCACAAAUUGUGGUGCUUUUUGUAUAUUAUAUGUGUAAAUCACAAAGUUGAAUCCUGGCUAUUUUUAAGACAAAAGUCUGUUAAACUUUUUUAUUGUAAAGAAUAUUUAUUAUGCGAAUCUCUAUUAUUUUAUGAUAUUUAUUGCAAAAGACUGUUGAAGUGUACUCAUGUCUGAAUAUAACAUAUCACUACUUCAUGAAAAACAAGGUGACUCGAAAAAAGUACAUAUAUGUUAACUACAAUGCAGAAAAUAUAUUAAUUAAUGAAACUGUC